AUGGCCUUAUUUGAAGGAGGUGCGGCUGGGGCUCCUCCACCUUCGUUCACGAGAGCGCCACAUCUCUUUCAGGGAGGAAGCGGCGGAGCGAUCCUCAGCGCAGUCUCGUCGUAUGAGAAUAUUCCGGAUACCUUGGGCAUACCGAUACCUCCACCUGCGGGCGCAAGUACGGGUGUCGCGGGUGGCUCGGCUUCGGGUACAGGUGCUGGGGCUGCUUCUGGCGCGGAUCCGGGUACGGGACUGGGACUGGGCCACGACCGACCGUAUCGAUUCUCGUUUUACUCGAAUUUACUAUCGGCGACAAUACACGCGAGGAGCUUGAGUGAGUUACCAGCGGAAGGGCAGACUUUCGAGGAACUGUUUACUGCGGCGGGUGGGAGUGGGCUCGCUUCGAAGACGGCGUUGAAUGAUAGAGGUCCCGGUGGCGCUGGGGAUCCAGAACUUCAUACUUGGUGGUUAGACGUAUUGUCACCGACGGACGAAGAGAUGAAGAUGCUCAGCCAGGUCUUCAACAUCCAUCCUCUCACAACAGAAGAUAUCCAGAUGGAAGAAGCCCGCGAAAAGAUCGAGCUCUUCCGAACCUAUUACCUCGUCUGUUUCCGCUCCUUCGACCAAGAUCCCUACAGCCCGACCUACCUCGAGCCCCUCAACAUGUACAUCAUCGUCUUCCGCGAGGGUAUCCUCUCCUUCCAUUUCCGGCCUACGCCACAUCCACAGAAUGUGAGGCGGCGGAUUAAGCAGUUGAAGGAUUAUAUUAGUGUGACGAGCGAUUGGAUCAGUUACGCGCUCAUCGAUGAUAUUACGGAUGCGUUUGGGCCGUUGAUUCAGAGUAUUGAGUAUGAGGUCGAUAGUAUUGAUGAGUUGGUGUUGAUUUUGAAGGAGGCGGAGCAGAGUGAUAUGUUGAGAAGAAUUGGCACAUGUCGGAAGAAGGUCAUGGGUCUGCUACGACUGAUGGGCAAUAAGGCCGAUGUUGUCAAAGGUCUCGCGAAGCGAUGCAACGAGAACUGGAAAGUUGCGCCUACGUCGGAUAUUGGUCUUUAUCUCUCCGACAUCCAAGACCAUUUGAUCACCAUGACCCAAAACUUGAACCACUACGAAAAAAUCCUCUCCCGGUCUCACUCCAAUUACCUUGCUCAAAUCUCCAUCGAGAUGACGGAUGCGAACAACCAGAUCAACGAUGUGCUUUCGAAAUUAACAGCCCUGGGUACGAUACUUAUCCCCAUGAACUUGGUCACCGGUCUCUGGGGUAUGAACGUCCACGUUCCGGGGCAAGACAUUGCAACUGGUUAUGCAUGGUUCGGGUCCAUCAUCGCUGCCCUAGCGGCUUUCGCCAUCGUGGGUGGAUACACUACCUAUCGUUUCAUGGUCGGCAAAUAG